AUGGCCACAAACAUUCAAUUGAAGGACCCGUCCUUGCUGAUCGGUCAAAACUACAUUGACGGGAAAUGGGUCGAAGCAGAGUCUGGAAAGCGAUUCAAUGUAACAGACCCUGCGAGCGGCAAACUGAUCGGAUCUUGCCCAGAGUCAGACACCAGAGAUGCACAAAGAGCAAUUGACUCGGCGGCAGCAGCACUCCCAUCCUGGCGCUCUCGAGCUGGUAGAAACCGCAGUCGGAUUUUGCGUCGAUGGUACGAAUUGGUCAUGGAGAACCAGGAGGAUCUGGCUACAUUGAUCACCUGGGAAAACGGCAAGGCUAAGCCAGAUGCUACCGGCGAGGUCCUCUUUGCAGCCAGUUUCCUUGAAUGGUUUGCAGAAGAGGCCGCGCGAAUCUACGGUGAUGUGAUUCCACACACUCAGCCCAGUUUCCGGGUUUCGGUUCUAAAAGAACCCAUUGGUGUCUGUGGUCUUAUCACGCCAUGGAACUUCCCCGCUGCUAUGAUCACUAGAAAACUUGGCCCUGCAUUGGCAGCUGGCUGUACAGUUGUCGUCAAGACCGCAGGCGAAACACCCUUCACAGCCAACGCCUUGCUCAAGCUCGGCGAGCGGGCAGGAAUUCCCGCAGGUGUUAUCAACAGCGUCGCCGCAUUGGAAAACACACCUGAGAUUGGCCAGGCUUUGUGCUCCUCGAAUACUGUGCGCAAGAUCUCCUUCACUGGAUCCACUCGGGUUGGAAAGCUGCUUAUGCAACAAUCGAGCAACUCUCUGAAGAAGCUUGGCCUAGAGCUUGGUGGUAAUGCUCCUUUCAUUGUCUUUGAAGAUGCGGAUCUCGGUCUGGCCGUGGAAGCGGCGAUCGGCAGCAAAUUCAAGUCCUCUGGACAGACAUGCGUGUGCUCUAACCGGAUAUUUGUGCAAGAGAGCAUUUAUCCCGAGUUCAUCAGGCGGCUCAAGAGCGCUGUUAGCCGAUUCCAAGUUGGUAAUGGGUUUGAUAAGACUACUACACACGGUCCUUUGGUCACCUCUGCGGCAGUGGAGAGAGUUGCCGGUCUUGUGGAUGAUGCUGUGAAGCGUGGCGCCAAGGUGGAAAUUGGUGGAAAGAGGAGGACUGACCUAGGUCCGAACUUCUUCGAGCCUACCAUCCUCACUAAUGUGAGUGCCGAUAUGACUGUGGUUAAUGAAGAAAUCUUCGGCCCGGUAGCCCCCAUUUUCUCCUUCAGGACGGAAGAUGAAGUUGUAGCCACCUCCAACGCGUGUGAUGUCGGAUUGGCAUCAUAUAUCUUUACCCAGGAUGUCACGCGCGCUAACCGUGUUUCGGAACUCUUGCAAUUCGGCAUGGUGGCGAUCAACACAGGUGUCAUUUCUGAUGCUGCCAGUCCAUUCGGUGGAAUUAAACACUCAGGAAUGGGCCGUGAAGGAAGCAAGUAUGGUAUUGAUGACUAUCUCCAGACGAAGACUGUUGUUACUGGAAACGUGAAUGUUGUACACAAAGCCUCUCUGUAG